GGGGCGCAUGCGCAGCUAGCAGUGCUGGAGGGCGGGGCGGUGAGAUGGCGGCGGCGGCGCGGGCGCUGGGGCGGCAGGCGGUGCGCUGGUGUCCGGACGCCGGGGCUGGCUCGUGGGACGUGCGGGUUUGCAGACUGAAGUCAUCAGUCAGUUUCCUUACUCGACCUGAUCGUCCAAAUCUAGCUUACCAUAAGCUAAAAGGCAAGAACCCAGGCGUUGUUUUUCUCCCAGGUCUUAAUUCAAAUAUGAAUGGUCACAAAGCAAUUGCACUUGAGGAAUUCUGCAAAUCUCUAGGUCAUGCCUAUGUAAGGUUUGACUAUACAGGGUGUGGAAGCUCAGAUGGUAAUCUUAAGGAAUGUACAAUUGGGAAGUGGAGAAAAGAUGUUCUGUCAGUACUGGAUGAACUCACAGAGGGACCACAGAUUCUCGUGGGAUCCAGCUUGGGUGGAUGGCUGAUGCUUCAUGCUGCAAUAGCGCGUCCUGAAAAAGUAGCUGCUUUAGUUGGAGUAGCUGUAGCUGCAGACUAUGUCAUAACAACUUUUAACCAGCUUCCUGUUGAGGUAAAAAAAGAAGUAGAAGAAAAAAGUGAAUGGAAGCUGCCAACAAAACAUAACAAAGAGGGCUUUUAUUGUUUGACAUAUGAUUUCAUUAAAGAAGCAGAAAACCAUCGUCUCUUAGCUAGUCCUAUUCCCAUAACUUGCCCUGUAAGGCUUAUCCAUGGCAUGAAGGAUGAAGAUGUUCCUUGGCAUAUUUCCAUGCAGGUUGCUGACCAGGUCCUGAGCAAAGAUGUUGAUAUUAUCCUCCGCAAAGCUGGCCAACACCGGAUGAAAGAGAAAGAUGACACAAAGCUUCUUGUGUACACUGUUGAUGAUUUGAUUGAUAAGCUGUCACACUCAGUGUGAGUUGCAUGGUAAAACAAAUGCGUGAUGAGCACACAUGGCUCUUUCCUGGUAACUGAAAAUGUCUUUAAUGGCAGUGAGACGCUGCUGAAUCAGGAAAGGUGCAGAUGCUAUGAACAAAAGGAACUGAAGCUUUAACUGCUGUUUUGUUUACCUCUGUUUUGUUUAAAAAAAAAAAAAAAAAGGUAUUUUCUCAAUGCUGCAUUUGCACAAAUAGUAGAAAAUGUGAAGAAACUGCUGCUGUUUGUUUGGAAACUUCUCCCCCACCCCAGAUCUGUGACUUCUUUAACAAGUUUCCUACACUAUUUUGUACUGAAAUGUUUACCUUUCUUAGACUUGUGCCAAUGCUUAUUUUUCUACUAUUUGACCUGUACAAGUUAUUUUUACGUUUACUUCACACACUUCAAAUAUUGUGCUUCAUGCUGUAACAUUCUUAUUUGAGUCCUUUAAAACUUAUGCAAGUUUUUUGGCUCAUUUAAAAAAAAAAAAUACAGCUGAAAUGUUUAAUGAGAUUUGUGUCUUUGAAUAUAGAAUGAGUCAACAUGAGGCAUAAU